AUGCCCGUGCCUCCUCCAAAUGCUUACACGCCAAACACCAAACUCACAGUGGGGAGCCAUAAGGUUUCCAUAACCAAAUUCAUAGGAGAAGGUGGCUUUGCACAUGUAUACACUUGUAUGAUCGACCCGCCCUUUAGGGGAUCUUCAAUUGCCUGCUUGAAGCGGGUACAAGUGCCGAGUAAGAUCCAGUUGAACUUGUUGAGACAAGAAGUGGACGCCAUGAAAAGAUUAAAAGGUAACAAAUGCAUAGUGUCCUAUAUUGAUUCUCAUGCCGCAAGAUUGGACCAGAACAACAAUGCCAUGUCCAAAAGUACUAGUAGCUUAAGUAGUAUCAACAACAGUGCACCUUCUUCUCAACAGUACGAGGUGUUUCUCCUAAUGGAGUACUGUUCUCGAAAUGGACUCAUUGACUUUAUGAAUACCAGGCUAACCCAUAAAUUGCAGGAGCCAGAAAUCCUUCAGAUAAUGAGAGAUAUUACCACCGGGGUGGCUAUGUGUCACCACCUACAACCUCCAUUAAUUCACAGAGACAUCAAGAUUGAAAAUGUGUUGAUCGACCACGAUGGUACUUAUAAGCUAUGUGACUUUGGGUCGGCCGUACCUUAUCAACCAGUUCCUAAAACACCACAAGAAUCGGCCACUUUACAUAACGAUAUCAUGCAGUAUACUACUCCUCAGUACAGGUCGCCAGAAAUGAUAGAGUUAUCCAGAGGUUUCCCCAUAGACGAUAAGCUGGAUGUUUGGGCAUUAGGAUGCUUGUUGUACAAGUUGUGCUACUACACGACGCCAUUUGAACUGCCCCAACACCAGUCAUUGCAAGAUAUGGAAAAGGUGAUACUACAUGCAGACCUGACUCUUAAGUUACCCCAUGACCAACCCGGGCUGAUCUUCUCUCCCAGGUUGAAGAACAUGAUUAAAUGCACCCUUCGUGAGGAUCCAAGAAGAAGACCCAGUGCAGUGCAACUCUUGGGAGAGAUUUGUGCUAUGUUAAAUCAACCAGUGCCAGAUGUAAUUCCCUCUGCAGUGAAGCACCAUAUCAAAAAUGGUGCGCCUUUAAUUGCCGUUCCUCCUAGACUCAAUGAUAAUAAGGCUAAUUCUGCUCCACAACUCUCACAGAAAGUGCCACCUAGUGUUAAGCCAAAGGAUCCAUUUGCAACCAUCGACAAAUCGAAGUUCUUAGCACCACAACAAGCCUCAUACAAGCUGUCACUCCCCAAAUCACAUUCUCCUUCACCGCUCAAUUCACAUUUCCCGGCACCAAGACCCAAAUCUACAUAUUUGGGCUCUACCGCUUCUCCGCCUGGUUCAAGAAAACCAUCCUUUGAAAAUUAUCACCGCUACUCCACUUCAACUUCAUCUUUAAAAGAAUUUGUUCAAAUGCAAAUAGAGGAAAGUUCAAGCCAUGUUUCGACAUUAAGAAAAUCAGAAGAAGGCAAUGACCGUGGAACUUUAGAAUUUUUAAGAAGUAAGCAGGAAAAUCAAAACACUGGAGGUAGCAUCUCGAUGUCCUUCAAGAAUGGCCUUAGAAAGAUCAGCACUGGUGGUAUUGGAUCCAACGGCACCGGAGGUAGUAUUUCUAGUGUUACAGAUAAGCAUCACUAUAGAAGAUCUAGUGUUACUUCUCUUAAACUGCUCUUAACCGGAGGCUCAUCUCGAAAAGUUAGUAAUAGUGGCUUUACAGGUGAUAACCACGUCGAACAAAGCAAAAAUAACUCUAGCGCUGGUGAAGCUGACUUACCUGUUAGGAAAAUGUCUAUAAAGAAGAGAAUGGCCAUGUUGUUGAACAACAGUGAUAAGGAGAGCCUGGGUGUAUCCAGAACAGCAGAGGGGUAUGGUAAGUACACUGACACAAGGAAAACGAAUCCAACUGACGACUUAGACGCAAUAAAUAGCCCCGUGACCCCAUUUUCAUCUUCAUCAUCAUCAGACGAGGAAGAGCCUUUGAAAAUCACAAAGUCAAGGUCUCCUGCUAGAGCUCAUGUAAAGCCUAAACCUCCUGUGUUCCCACAGCAAUUAAAUAAGCCGGAGAAGAAACUUGUACCGCAUUUGAAACCAUCGUCAUUGAAGGUUCCUCAGCAAAAGGCUGUACCCUCUGCUUCUUCCGCCACUAAGAAGAAACCACCGCCAAAACCAAAGAAGCCGAUAUACUUGAAAGCCGGGUCAGGAGAAAGGCGAUUGAGUAAUGCUAGUGACCUUUCAAUCCCAGAUAUAGAUGAUUUGGAGAAAGAUUUUACAAAGCGUUUUCCCAGCAAAGUUUUAUAG